AUGAAAUUAUCAACUAUUUUGAGAAGAUUAGACAUAUUCGGAGUUCCGAUAACAUUAAUUGGAUUUAAUCGUCUAAAAUAUUAAACAAAACUAGGAGGAUUGGUAAGUUUGGCUUUGGUCGGUUGGCUCACUUACAACAUCAUCCUACAAUUUGUUUCGUUAAUAUCUAAAAACAAAUUGCUAGUAACUACAAAUACUAUAUUUAGUGAUACUCCAUCAUUAAUUGAGUUAAAUUCAUAAAAUUUCAUGUUUGCAUUAUAAAUUAGAUAAUCUGACUAUAUUAAUAAACCUUACUUUACAUUUAAAUUAGAACACAUCUCUGUAACAGAUGGAUUCAAUAAAACCACUUAAACUGUUCCUUUUACAAAAUGCACUAUUAAAGAUUUUGAAAAUCUAUAUUUUUAUAAUGUGGAUAUGUUUGAAUAGUUGGUUUUCAACAACUAUACAGAUUGGGUAUGUCCCUAAUUCGGAAACAUAACGUAUGCCUUACAAGGCAAAUUUGGAUCCAAAUUGUUUCAAUAUUUGAAAAUUUCUGCCAUUCCUUGUAAGCCUGGACAAUAUGAUUAUGAUUAUUAAUGUCCAAGUACUGAAGAGACUAUAGAUUACAUCAACUCUAUUGACGGAGAACUUAACAUCAAUUUGAUGAUCACUAACGUAAAUGUCAACACAGCUUAAACUAAUAGUUAUACUGGAUUCCUAGAUAGAGAUUAUUACAUGUUAUUGAAUCCAUUAAAAUAAUUCGGAUCUGUGGACAUGUUCCUUCGUAAUUGGGAUGUUUACACCAAUCCAUCAAUUAUUGAUGAUGGAACUGAUUAUGAUUAUUAAAACUAUGUAGUGUUGGAGAAAUAAGAGACUUCAGAAAAAUAGAAUUAUCAUGAGUAUGAUAUAUCUAAAAAUUAAGAAAUAGCCAAGUUAUUCUUUAGAACUAGUUAGUAUUCCUUGUAUACAAAACGUAAUUAUGUAAGUAUCGGGGACUUCUUGGCUUAUGUAGGGGGAAUAUUUGGAUCCCUGUAUACCAUAGGAGCAUUGUUUAUGUCAAUUUAUGCAUAUGAGUAAUUGUGGUUGAAGUUGUUUAAGGUUCAUUAUAAUUUUGUUGCUUAUGACAGAAAUUGUAAAUCUCUCAAUGAAAUUAUUAAGAAUAAAUUCUCUUAGGAAAAUAUUCUAAUUCCUAAUAUGAAAUCCUUCCUACUAUUCUUCACAAAACAAGGCAUUUAGAAUAUUAAGACCUAUAUACAGUCUUAGACUAUUAUAAUGGAAGAUUUAAGUGUUGUUAAUUACCUGAAAACUGUGAAAGAUUUAUAAAAAAUUAAAAAGAUUCUUUUUAAUGAAAAGUAAACCUAAAUUUUAGAUCUCUACAACAAAGAAACAAUUGCAAUUACUAAGUAUCAAGCAUAACAUUCCCAUAAAUUAGAGAAGGGGAAGAAGUUUUUAUAUGGAUAACAUUUCUAGGAUCACACUCUUUAAACGCUAAGGAAAAUUAUAGAUCAAUAUUAGAGUCUCCUUUAUGAUAAGGAUAAGUUUCAACUUAAGAUUACUCAGAGAUUAAUUAAUAUUUUUGAUAACGACUUCUAAGAAGUUAUCAACAAUUGGGAAAAUGGGUAUUAUCAGUUGAAGACUCUCAAUACUACUAAUUAUGAUAAUGUCUAAUAAAAUAGGAUGCCUCAAUUAUCACAGCAGUUCGCAAUCUCCAAAGAUAUUACAAAGAUUAUUAAUUUCAGAAAUUAGUAUAAUCUGACCAACCCAGAAAUAGAGAGCUUGUUGAAAACAUUAUUCUUUAAAAAACAAACCCUGUAUCUUGAUGAAAACUUCAAUAUCCAGUAUGAAGUCUCUAUCAAUCAAGAAGAAGAAAAGAUCAAUUAUGUAUUGACAAUCCAUAAUAAAUUUUAAUAAUAUUAAUUGGAUAUCAAGUAAUCUGACAUCCUAGUUUAACAUUAAUUUACAGCUCGUAAGCAUAAAAUAGAGUGCAAUUUAAUGAGGAAUAAAUCCAUUUCUCUUUUAGAUUUGAUUAGUUGCUCUCUAGAAGUCACCAUUAAUUCGAAUUAUACUAUUUAUUUAAAUUGUUCUUUGAAUGCGAAUAUUCAAUAUCAACUGAAAGUUAUUAAUAUUCCUAAAGAUUUUAGAACUCAUUAUUACAUUUACUUAGAUGAUUACAACAAAGAAAGGUUUUAGUUACUUUUUGCACUUUUGCAACAACAAAAAUUUAUGAUAUCCAACAUCGAGAAUUUUGAAUGUAUGUUCUAAUUUGAUUCUAAUGGACAGAGUGCAUAAUAUAUCGAAAUAUUUAUGAAUUGGCCAAAUAAUGAAAUAAUUUUAAAUGAGCUAAUUAUAUCAAAUAAGCCUUACAUAUAAUUCUUACAGGUGCUCUAUGAUAUAAUUAUACUUUAUUUGUAAAAUUUAUGA